AAAGCUCAGAGGGACGCAUUUGCUCUCUCCUGAUCUACACUGUAGCCUGCCUGAGCUUUCUUGGGAAGAGAAGGACACAACCCAGCCCAGUAACCAUGUCGAGGUCUGUACGUUUCAGCUCUUCCUCUGCAGCCCCCACAGGGGGCUUUAGACAGGCCCGAAUCAGCACUGUCUCCUCGACCCGUGGCUUGGGCGGGGGUGCCGGCUUGGGAAGGGCAGGUGGCUUUGGCAGCUCCAGUCUUUAUAACCUAGGCUCUGCCAACAAGAGGAUUUCGCUGGGUGGUGGAGGCAGCUCCUACAGCGUCCACUCUGGAUAUGGCUUUGGCUCUGGGUACGGUGCAGGAGUCGGUGGUGGGUUUGCACCUGCCGGCAUCCAAGAGGUGACCAUCAACCCGAGCCUCCUGGUGCCCCUCAACGUGCAGAUUGACCCCACCCUCCAGACGGUCCGUAAAGAGGAGAAGGAGCAGAUCAAGACCCUCAACAACAAGUUCGCCUCCUUCAUCGACAAGGUCCGCUUCCUGGAGCAGCAAAACAAAGUGCUGGAGACCAAAUGGAGCCUUCUGCAGGACCAGAAGACCACCCGCAGCAACAUCGCUCCCAUGUUCGAGGCCUACAUCAACAACCUGCGAAAGCAGCUAGACGGGUGGCUGAAUGACAAAGGCCGCCUGGAGGGCGAGCUGAAGAACAUGCAGGAUCUUGUGGAGGAUUUCAGGAACAAGUACGAAGAUGAAAUCAACAAGCGCACGGCAGCAGAGAAUGAGUUUGUCAUUCUGAAAAAGGAUGUCGAUGCCUCCUACAUGAACAAGGUGGAACUGGAAGCCAAGGUAGAUGCCUUCACCGAUGAGAUCAACUUCCUGAGGGCUCUCCACGAAGCAGAACUUCGUGAGCUGCAGGCACAGGUCUCUGACACCUCUGUGGUCCUCACCAUGGACAACAACCGAAACCUGGACAUGGACAGCAUCAUCGCUGAGGUCAAAGCGCAGUACGAGGAAAUGGCCAAGAAGAGCCGAAUGGAAGCUGAGUCCUGGUACCAAACCAAGUUCGAGACACUGCAGGCCACCGUGGGGAAACACGGGGAUGAACUGCGCAACACCAAGACCGAGAUCACGGAGAUUAACCGCAUGAUCCAUAGACUGCAGGCUGAAAUUGACAACGUGAAAAGCCAGCGCGCCAAGCUGGAGGCAGCCAUUGCUGAGGCUGAGGAACGUGGCGAGAGGGCCAUCAAAGACGCCAUGGCUAAACAGGAGGAGCUGGAGGCUGCCCUGAAUAAAGCCAAGCAGGACAUGGCGCGUCAGCUGCGGGAGUACCAGGAGCUGAUGAACGUCAAGCUGGCCCUGGAUAUCGAGAUCGCCACCUACAGGAAGCUGCUGGAGGGAGAAGAGAGCAGGUUGGCUGGGGACCACGCUGGGAAUGUCAGCGUCUCUGUGGUCAAUUCUAGCGCUGGAGGCGGAUACAGCAGCGCGGGUGGGUAUGGCUUUGGAGGAGGAAUCGGCCUGGGAAGUGGAAUGGGCAGCGGGGGACUCUCCUUCUCCUCUGGCGGGAGCCCUGGUGGUGUGAAAGCGUACUCUCUGAGAACAACCUCCUCCAGCAGAAGAAGUGACAGGAACUAAGCUCCGAAAACCAAGCCCCUCACUGCCAGAAUUUGAGUAGAAAAUAAAUAAAUGGCAUAGAAAGAAAAAGGUUUUAUUGUCUUCUGACAGCCAAACUGGUUGCAAAAUGCUGCAGUGAUGAACGAAAUGCCAGUAAGAUACAUCAUAGUGCAUGACCCCACCGCAGAUAGCCCAGGGCUUGACUCUGCCCCAUUAAGCUUUGCCACCAAGAGCAGGAUCUAGGGUGAAAUUCACCCCUGUGCAGAGGACAGGAUAAUGCCUACACGUGACUUAAGUCCUGCUAUAGCCCUCGGGCUGGUUCUCUGCAUGAAGGUGAAUUUCACCCACCCAAAGGCAAAACCAUUUGAACAUCAAGUUUUUCUAAAUUUCUGCUGGGAUUUUUCAAAUGAGCCCAAGCGAAUAAGGUGCUAAACUCCCACCGAAUAGGAUUUGGGCACCUAAACCCCCGAGGCUGUUUUGAAAACCCCAGCUCUUAGUUAAGAAUCCAUAAAUGGUCCUAUUUUUGUUAAAAAAAGAAAUUGGCUAAAAUUUCAAGGAUUCUGUUUCUUUCUUUCUUUCUACAGAAAAAAAAUGCAGACAGAUUUAAAUUUGGCUCUUUAGAAUACAGAAAUUCACGCACACACAGUGGAGUUUGAAGGGCAUAAAAUUGCCCAAAAUUAAAUGUCCCAAAAAUUACUUUAAAUUUUGCAAUACAUUCCCCGGCCUUGGGCCUCUCUUCAGGCCACUCUUUUUUCAAUCUGGUACGCUGGAUCAAAAAUAAAUAGCUUCCAUUUCUUUCCACCAUUCUAAGAGAAAACAUGGUGCCAUGGCCCAUAAGUACAAACUGCAGUGACAAUCUUUGUUUAAAAGCAUGCAAAUGGUGGGAAUUAAUUAGUUUCACCACAAAAUAUAAGCAAUACAGUUACUACAUUCUCUUCUCACUUACACCGGUGCAAAUCAGGAGUAACUCUAUUAAAACCACUGGAAUUGUAUAGACAAUAAACAUGAGGCAAGUGAGAGGAGAACCAAGCCCAAAGAGCUUGUCUAUGGUAGAAAUAUUUAGGGACGCUUUAAUCUUGUAUUGUCAUUUAUAUGUGUGCAAAGUGCUGUCAAAUCAGACCAGUGGCGUUUGAAACUCUGCAAUUCCUUUGCUUAAGUGUAAAUGAUGAUGCUUAAUGGGAUCUUACUCUGCACGCCUUUAUUAUCACAUGCAGCAGACAAUGGACCAGACACUCUUCUGGUGUAAAUCAGCAUAGCACUGGCCUCAAUGGAGUUAUACACAUUUAUACCAGCUGAAAUUCUGGCCUGAGGAAGGCCUCAAAUUCCUCUCACAUGCAAAGUGCUGGUCUGUUGACUUCAGCAGGGGGACGCUCGAUUUCCCUAGGUCUAACUGAAUUCAUUUUCAUCCAAGCACCCACUUCAUCAGCUGGUGUAAAUGGAUGUCGCUUGAUUCACUUCAGAGGAGCUGCCACUAAAAGUCUAGCUGCUGUCGCUCUCCGAUGCAGAUUUUUCCCACGCUCUUCCUUGUUUGUUCCUGAUGCUGCUCUGUAGUUUGUACAACGAAUGCCUUGUCUUCCAGGUUCUUUUGUGGUUUUGCUACAACAUGUGUGAUGUCCUUUGGCCCAGAGGGCUUUGUAGCUGUAGCGUAAGAAAGAAUGAAUAAAAUAUUGGCUGGGAAUUGCAAUGGAGAACAGAGACCUGUGCUUGACUCUCCCUGGUAGCUGGUUGCCAUAAAAGAAGCCAGAGUGUGGCUAGAAAUUGCUUAGAUAUCUUUAGGUUACUGUGAGUGCUAUACUUAUUCUAUCUUUGGGUUCAGAUGCUUAAGACAGUAAUAGGACUGGUAUUGAUCUCAACAACACCUCCACCAAAGCGUUAGAAAGUAUUAAAGAACCGACCCCGGCGAGCGAGAAUUGUUUCCUUGGUUCUGAGGUCUCUGCCAGGGCUACAGAAGAGCAUGCUCUAUCCCUGUUUAAGGGGGGGAUAUGAUAGACUAUAAAACCAUGAAUGGUGUGGGAAAAGUGAAUACAGAGGUGUUAUUUGCCCUUUCCCACAAUACAAAAACUCAGUCACCCAGGGAAAUUAAUAGGCAGAAGGUUUAACGCAAACAAAUACUUUUUCAUGCAACACACAAUUAACCUGUGGAACAUGUUACCAGGAGAUGGCCAAAAGUGUAACUGGGUUCAACAAAGAGCUAAAGAAGUUAAUGGAGGAUAGGUCCAUCAAUGGCUUUUAGCCAAGAUGGUCAGGGAUGUAAUUCCAUGCUUGGGGCAAUCCUAAACCUCCAACUGCCAGCAGCUGGGAGGGGAAGAAGAAAGAGGUGGAUCUAUCCACAUCUGUUCUGUACACUCCCCCUGAAGCGCUGGUACUGGUCACUGUUGCAGGCAGGAUACUAGGUUAGGUGUGUCCUUAUUUCAUUACAAUAACUGGUUAUGCCUGUCAAAGGUUUAAAUGGCUCAUGGAAAUAGCUAAUUACCCCCAUUCACAUUUUUUUGUUGUGACUGUAUUAGAGACAGAAGCUCCCAAACAUCCCUGAACACAAGAAUGUUGUGUUGCAUUAUCAACCGUACCUUCUCUGCAAUGGAGCUGCAGUUGAAGUUUCCUGAGUUUGUGGUGUGGGCACGUGCAUCAUGCCUUUAAUAAAGUUAACCCAUUGUUUUCAUUUGCAAUCACC